AUGAAGCAGUAUUAUGUGAAGGGGAAUAAUAUUAUCACUACGUUGGUGCCACAUCAGGCCUCAUGGGUGAUUAAAAAGAUCUUCAAUGCCAGAACUUAUGCUCCUGGUAACUCGACUAUUGUUCUGAAACACAAGCUUUCUAUUAGUCAAAUUUAUAGGGAAUUACGAGGUAAUUUCCAGAAGGUUUCUUGGAGAAAGAUGCUCUGCAAUAAUUAUGCUCCUCCUAAAUGCACUUUCAUAACUUGGCUUGCAAUCAUGGGUAGACUUGCUACAUGUGAGAAUUUGCUGAAGGUUGGAGUGCACUGUGACCAGGUUUGUAGCCAAUGCAACAAGGAGAACGAAACUUUUGAGCAUCUUUUCUUCUUAUGUGACUUCUCUUAUGAGGUUUGGAGUGCUAUCCUACGAUGGAUGGGUUUUCGAAGGAAUGUUGAGGCCUGGUCUGUUGAAUUGCAGUUGUUGAAGCAACACAACAACAACUCUGUCUCACAUAAUGUCUACAGAAUGGCUAUCUCUAUGACUGUUUACUUACUGUGGAAAGAGAGAAAUGCAAGACGGUUUUCUCAACUGCUGCAUACUCCGAAUAUGAUUGUUAGGCAUGCUUUAAUGUUAAUCUAUACUAGAUGUUAUAGUGUUAAGAAAUUUGCUAGCGUAGUCUAG